AUGUCAAUUUCAGGCGAUAUCUCAUGGGAAAAUAUUUUAGUAGGAUCAUCUUCACAUCAUAUAUAUAAAGAACUCAAUAAUGAUGUUGAGGGAACGAGUUACAAUAAUUACUGUAGUGAAUUCAACAAUUCAAAAGAUAAUACUGACAAUGCAAAUUAUAAUCUCUGUAAAAAAAUUGCAAGAAAUGCAGAUAGAUUAUCUAAUUACUUUAAUACAAUUGAGUAUAUUACUCAGUGUGCACAUUAUAAAUACUGGACAUAUCUUAAUAUAAAAAAAAAUUUAGGAGAUAAUACAAAUGAUGAUAAAGCCAAACCUAUAACUGAAAAAUUCUUGCAAUCUCAAAAUAAAUUUAAAGAUAAUUUUAAUGCAUAUUAUUGUCAAUAUGACUUUAAGACUGAUAUUGUACAAAGAUUAAAUAAUAUGGUAGAAGAGAAAUAUUUAUAUGAUUAUUUUCAUAAUUAUGACAGUAUUAAAACAUCUGACACAUGUAAAGUUGUUACACCUGAUAAAUAUGAAAAUUACCUUAAAUAUAUUAUUACAUUAUAUAAUAAGCGUAAAGAGGAGGAUGAAUGUUGCUAUGGUUCAUUCUUGAUAGACUGCGAAGAUUAUUUUAAAUGCGAUGAAGAAUUUGAUCCUAACCAACUUCUGUCUACAUUAAAGUCUAACGAAAGUAAAAAGUGCGAUAACUUAAUAAAAGCUCAGAAACCUCCAACAUCAGGUAGUAUAACGCAUUGGGGCCAUUCCCUAACAAAUAUUACAGGAUCAAUUUAUUAUAUCAAGUGCACAGAUAUACCAAAUGAAGAAAUUACACAUGCAACACAAGAAGGUGGAAUACGUAAUUGUCAUGUGUUUCGUACAUCUGAUAAUUCUCAUAUUAUGCCACUAUCACCUUCUCUUCAAGCUACUUCUGUAAUUGGUCCUUUUACAACCUAUGGACAAAGAGGAAUUUCUGUAUCUACAAAAUUACUACGUGAUAAUUCAAUAUCAAGAGGAAACAAAGAACAAUCAAGCCAAUCAUCCUCUUUACAACAAUCACAUGUACCUGAAGAUAACAGCAGUGAUAAAAAUUCGCCUUGUAAAAAUCCACUAUUAUCAAGAGAUACAUCAGGGAAAUGUAUAGAACCAGAUGUACGUAAAACUAAUACUAUAGGAGUAAAAUUGGACGUGUUUGCUCCAGGAAAAAAAAUUAAAAUCAGAUUAAAUCCUAAUUCUUAUAUGUUCAAAAACAAAAUUUUUCGCGGUGGAAUCGCAUUUACUCUGAUAAUGGGAAUAAUGUUCACUAUUUUCCUUUUUUAUAAAUUUACUCCUUUUGGAAGAUGUUUUCAUAAAAAAGUAUCAAGGAAAAAAAGAAUUGACGAUUAUUAUGAAGAUCCCUAUAUGCGGCAGUUUAUUAUCCGCGCUCCAAAAUCGGAUAAAAGAAGAACUGGGAAUAGGGGAUUACAAUUUUCUUAUUAUACUAGGUGA